ACCAGAGAGUUUGUCACAAGGUUCACUACCAUCACACCAUAUUCAACUAUACAGAACGUACACACCUCUGCCUAUUAAUCUCCCAAACCCAGAAGCGCCAUCUCUUCAUCUUCAUCUUCCAUCUAAAUUCUUCUUCUUCAUCAUCAUGAAGCAAAAGGUGGUGAUCAAGCUCUCUGUGCACGACGAGAAGUCUCGAUCCAAGGCAUUGAAGACAGCAGUUGGAGUUGAUGGCGUUAAUUCAGCAAGUCUUCCACCAGACAAGGACCAAAUUGAAGUUACAGGAAACGAUGUCGAUGUUGUUUUGCUCACAACUCUUCUCAGAAAAAGUGUCAAGCAUGCUGAGGUCGUCAGUGUGAACGUUGUCAAAGAGGAGGAGAAGAAAGAGGAGAAGAAGCAGGAGCAGGUCAUAUUCGCAUGGCCUCAGAUCGGAUGGCCUCAGGCUCAGAGUUACCCAGUUGCUCCAUACCAGUGCCAGCCAUAUAUGUACGAAAGCAAUGAGCCAAGCUCCAAUUGCUCCAUUAUGUGAAUAAUAGAUGAAGGUUGGACCAAAGAGAUCAUACCCUUCAUUCCAACCGUGAUUCAGAAUAUUAUUAUGGCAUUAUGUAUAUUAUUUUCUUCAAUGAUAUAUCGAUUCUGGCCUAGUUAUGGGAUUUGUAUAACGUACCAUCGAGCAAUUUCAAUGCAGAUUAUGAGUUCCCAUAUUAUAA